AUGUUGGCUAAAGCGGUGGACCAGUUAAAAGGAAACCAUCAAAGAAGAGACGGGUUGUGGAAAGCGGUCCACAAACACUUCGUCGAGCUUGGGGGUAGUGCCGACCAAAUGCACGAUCAACUAAACUCAAACUGGGGUCCAAUGUUGAUAAAAAUUAAUUGGUUCAACGACCUUUACAUUCAAGCGGAUCGCAUUCUUAAAAGCAGGUGCAAUGAUUUACAACUUUUGGAAAAGGCACAAGAAGAUUUUCUAAAACAACAUAGACAAGCGUUUAAGCAUGGUAUCUACAUCAUCAAAACAACUUCAACUAGAGUUUACUUGGUAGACUUUGCAUGUUACAAGCCGCCGGAUACUCAAAAGCGCACACGAGAGUGGAUGAUCAACAAGGCCCAACACAGUGGAUAUUUCUCAGAAAAUAUAAUGGAGUUUAUGAAGAAGGUGUUUGGAAAGUCAGGAAUAGGCGACUCGACGUAUUUAUCUGAGGUUUAUCUGAAACAAAUUGCUAACCCAUGCAUUGAUGAAUCAAGAAGGGAGAUGGAGAUGUCGGUUUUUGGGUCCAUCGACAUGUUGCUAGCGAAAACAGGUGUAAGAUGUGAGGACAUUGGGAUAUUGAUUGUGAAUUGUUGUAUUUAUAACACUAUGCCAUCUCUUUCUAGCAUGAUUGUGAACAAAUAUAAGCUUAAAGAUUGUAUCCUCAGCUACAAUCUUGUUGGGAUGGGUUGUAGUGCUGGACUCAUGGCUAUUGGCCUUGCACAACAGCUCCUACAGGUGCACAACGAUUCAUACGCGUUGGUAGUGAGUGCAGAAAGCAUCACCGAGAACUGCUACCUAGGAGAUGAUCGAUCCAAAUUCCUCACCAACUGUCUCUUCCGCGUAGGCGGAGCAGCGAUCCUCCUCUCAAAUCGUCCUUCCGACCGUCGUGCCUGCAAAUACGAACUCCUCCACACUGUACACACAAAUGAAGCACACUCCGACCUUUCGUACAACUGCAUCAUCCAGGAAGAAGACACCGCCGGAAUAGUCGGCAUCACCGUCACCAGAAACCUCUUCAAAGCUGCAUCCAGCGUCGUAACGUCAAAUGUUAGCGCCCUUAGUAACCUAAUCCUUCCGAUACCGGAAAAACUCAAAUAUUUAGCAAAUAACAUCGGCCUGAAACUCCGACCGACGGCGAACAUGCUGCCAUACGUACCAAACUACAACAUCGCCGUCGACCACUUCCUGCCGCAUGUCGGAGGGAAGCCGGUGCUAGAUGAAUUGCAGAAGACGUUAGGGUUUGAUGAAUCGGCAAUGGAAUCUUCUAGAAUGACGUUAUAUAGGUUUGGUAAUACGUCUAGUAGCUCCGUUUGGUAUGAGCUGGCGUAUGCGGAGGCUAAGGGUCGGGUUAAGAAAGGGAACCGGGUUUGGCAGAUGGCGUUCGGGUCGGGUUUUAAGUGUAGUAGUGUGGUGUGGCGUGCGUUGAGGGACGUUGGAUAUGACGAGGUGAAUCCUUGGACGGCUGAGAUUGAUGAUUUCCCGGUUCAUGUGGAUUAUGAUGAUGGGCCAUUGCCUUUUUUCGAAAGUUCUAAAUAA